AAUAAUCUGUCCUUUUGAGCAAUAUAGCAAGUGAGCAUCCAUGUGGAUAUAAUCAAGCUGCGUUUUUGCUUUUUGAGAAUUUCUAUAGUUUAUUUGAACCAAACUGACUCUGUCUGGGAGCAAGAUCUCAAGUGCUCCUGUUUCUUUCUUUAAUCAUCUUUAUUCCCAAACUACUUCUCGUUUUCUCUCCUGCCUGUGAAUAAUCGCCGACUCCAGCAGUACCAGAGUCAAUGUUCAUUCCCUAGAAGGUGUACGUAUAUGUGGGCAGAUACAGCUGCCAUCCAGCAGUGGCGAUCGGAAGGCAGAGCGGCGGUCUGGCUGCACGUGCCCAUCCUGCAGAGCCGCUUCAUUGCCCCGGCCGCCGCCCUGGGCUUCUGCUUUCACCACGCGGAAGCGGACUCAUCCACGCUGACCCUGUGGCUGGGACAAGGGCCCAGCAGACUCCCAGGAUAUGCGACACAUCAAGUGGGAGUUGCGGGAGCUGUAUUUGAUGAAAGUACUAGAAAAAUAUUGGUUGUCCAAGAUCGAAAUAAAUUGAAAAACAUGUGGAAGUUCCCAGGAGGCCUUUCGGAGCCUGGAGAAGAUAUCGGAGACACAGCAGUUCGAGAAGUUUUUGAAGAAACUGGUAUACGAUCAGAAUUCAGGUCCCUCCUGAGCAUUCGGCAGCAGCACAGCCACCCCGGGGCUUUCGGGAAGUCGGACAUGUACAUCAUCUGCCGCCUGAAGCCGCGCUCCUUCACCAUCGAGCUGUGCCCACACGAGUGCCUGCGGUGCGAGUGGAUGGACCUCACCGACCUGGCCAAAGCCGCCAACACCACGCCCGUCACCAGCAGGGUCGCGCGGCUGCUGCUGUACGGGCACAGGGAAGGCUUCGAGAAGAUUGACCUGACCAUGGACCAGCUCCCAGCUGUUUACACGGGCUUGUUCUACAAACUCUAUCACAGGGAACUGCCAGACAGUUACAAAAUGAUGACGGGAGUGGACUAAGUCAUAUUUACAUGUGUAAAAAUUUUUAGUAAAUUGUACAUGUAGAUUAAUGUGUGCCAUAUUCUAAGAAUGGUGCACAUUUUGGGUUAACUAAAUCUCUGACUUUAAUUUUCUAAUGUGUAUGAUUUCCAUGAAGAAAAUUUGCAAGUGCACACAUUUUUAAAGCCUCUUUUCAAAUGGAGUGAAUGUGUGGAAAGAUUGUAGCUCUAAGUAAGCGUUACUGGAUAAAGGCAAAUGCUAUAUAAAAGGUGGAAAUUUAUACAUUU